GUGCAGAAGGCGGUUGUGCGCUGAAAUGACGACCUUAGUGCUGGAUAAUGGAGCCUACAACGCAAAAAUCGGUUACAGUCACGAACAUGUCUCGGUCAUUCCUAACUGUCAGUUCAGAUCAAAAACAGCACGUCUCAAAACUUUUACAGCUAACCAGAUAGAUGAAAUCAAAGACCCUUCUGGACUCUUUUAUAUCCUUCCUUUUCAAAAGGGCUACUUGGUGAAUUGGGAUGUCCAAAGACAAGUGUGGGAUUACCUUUUUGGAAAAGAAAUGUAUCAGGUUGAUUUUUUGGAUACUAAUAUUAUUAUCACAGAACCAUAUUUUAACUUCACUUCAAUUCAAGAAUCAAUGAAUGAAAUUCUAUUUGAAGAAUAUCAGUUCCAAGCAGUAUUAAGAGUAAAUGCUGGGGCUCUCAGUGCACAUAGGUAUUUCCGAGAUAAUCCUUCUGAAUUAUGCUGUAUCAUUGUAGAUAGUGGAUAUUCCUUUACACAUAUAGUUCCUUAUUGCAGAAGUAAAAAGAAAAAAGAAGCAAUUAUUCGGAUAAAUGUGGGAGGAAAGCUCUUAACCAAUCAUCUAAAGGAGAUCAUAUCCUACAGGCAGCUACAUGUUAUGGAUGAAACACAUGUGAUAAACCAAGUAAAAGAAGAUGUAUGCUAUGUGUCUCAGGAUUUUUAUAGAGACAUGGAUAUUGCAAAAUUGAAAGGAGAAGAAAAUACAGUAAUGAUAGACUAUGUUUUGCCUGACUUCAGUACAAUUAAGAAGGGCUUUUGUAAGCCAAGGGAAGAGAUGGUGUUGAGUGGAAAAUAUAAAUCUGGGGAACAGAUUCUUCGUCUGGCCAAUGAGCGAUUUGCUGUUCCCGAAAUACUUUUUAAUCCUUCUGAUAUAGGCAUUCAAGAAAUGGGAAUUCCAGAAGCCAUUGUCUAUUCAAUUCAGAACUUACCUGAAGAAAUGCAGCCACAUUUUUUUAAGAACAUUGUUCUGACAGGAGGAAAUUCCCUCUUCCCAGGAUUUAGGGAUCGCGUUUACUCAGAAGUUCGAUGUCUUACUCCAACAGAUUAUGAUGUUUCUGUCGUGCUGCCUGAAAACCCUAUUACUUAUGCAUGGGAAGGUGGAAAAUUGAUAUCAGAGAAUGAUGAUUUUGAAGAUAUGGUGGUAACAAGAGAAGAUUAUGAAGAAAAUGGGCACAGUGUCUGUGAAGAGAAAUUUGAUAUUUAAGAAACAUUUCUGAAUGAAAGUCUUGAUUUGUGAUUGAAAGGUUUAAUUUCAAUCUUCCUUUUAAAAGAGGUUAAGGAACUGUGUUCCUUUCAUCCUAUGAUAAAGCCUUGAGUUUAUGUAAAUCCUUCAGUUUCUUGUGAAUUUUCAAAGGCUUCUUAGCUAGGUAAUUACUAUAAAAUGUAACUCAGCCCUUUCUUUGCUUUAGGAGCUAGCCUGCCGUGAUAGUGUUUAUGCUGUUUCUGAGAGUGGGUUUGUUUUUCAUUAGAAGAUGAAAGAGUAAAUGCA